AUGUUACAGUCCUCGGCGACGCCUCAGGACGGUCCACACGACGUCUUUCCCAGGCGACUUAGAUUUUCCCUCAUCUCCCACCUGUGGCUUCCUGGGAACUUCAACCCGGAGCAUCGACCUCCCGUGAACCCGCUCAGGGAUCAGCUCUCUGCUUCCCACCCAUACUCCCACUUCCCUCCUCAUGCAGACUGCGUUCCCACUUCCCUCCUCAUGCAGACUGCGUUCCCACUUCCCUCCUCAUGCAGACUGCGUUCCCACUUCCCUCCUCAUGCAGACUGCGUUCCCACUUCCCUCCUCAUGCAGACUGCGUUCCCACUUCCCUCCUCAUGCAGACUGCGUUCCCACUUCCCUCCUCAUGCAGACUGCGUUCCCACUUCCCUCCUCAUGCAGACUGCGUUCCCACUUCCCUCCUCAUGCAGACUGCGUUCCCACUUCCCUCCUCAUGCAGACUGCGUUCCCACUUCCCUCCUCAUGCAGACUGCGUUCCCACUUCCCUCCUCAUGCAGACUGCGUUCCCACUUCCCUCCUCAUGCAGACUGCGUUCCCACUUCCCUCCUCAUGCAGACUGCGUUCCCACUUCCCUCCUCAUGCAGACUGCGUUCCCACUUCCCUCCUCAUGCAGACUGCGUUCCCACUUCCCUCCUCAUGCAGACUGCGUUCCCACUUCCCUCCUCAUGCAGACUGCGUUCCCACUUCCCUCCUCAUGCAGACUGCGUUCCCACUUCCCUCCUCAUGCAGACUGCGUUCCCACUUCCCUCCUCAUGCAGACUGCGUUCCCACUUCCCUCCUCAUGCAGACUGCGUUCCCACUUCCCUCCUCAUGCAGACUGCGUUCCCACUUCCCUCCUCAUGCAGACUGCGUUCCCACUUCCCUCCUCAUGCAGACUGCGUUCCCACUUCCCUCCUCAUGCAGACUGUGUUCUCCCCUACACCCAACGGCCUGUCGCCCAUGCGCAGGAAAAUUCCGGCUCAUUGUACGAGCCUGUAG